GUUCGGUACAAAGGUAAAUUUGAGCUGGCCGUUCUACCGUUGAGUUGUCGCUGGAAUAUAUGAGAACAUGGCGUGGCUACAGGUGUUUUUCGUGGGCGUGGCGGUGACCUUUGCCCUCAGUGACGUCAGUCUUGAUGGAAGCCUGGAGGCACGUGAAAACCGUAUCCGUAUGGAACGCGGCACCCCAUUGGACAAGACAGACGUGACGAAGCUGCCUGAAACGCAGUACAAGCACAGCCCCGAAAGAGAUGGACUCAGUAAUAGAGAUGACGAAAGCGUUAUAGAACAUAAUUUGGAAAUCAACGUAACCAUGUUUGAUGGCGAUUGUCCCAAGGGGUGUUCGUGUAGUUUUUCCACCGUUACGUGCUUUGGCGUGCUAGACUCCUUCCCUAAGUUCCCACCAGACACAACCCGUCUGGUUCUGUACUACAACAACUUCACAAGCGUCCCGCCCAAUGCCUUUCCCGGCCUGGACAAGCUUCAGUACCUGAUGAUGCCCUUUGGAAAAGUGGACUUCAUAGAGAGCGGUGCCUUCAGCGGUUUGGGCUCUGUGACUUUGCUCAACUUGAGCACGAACGCUAUUCACUCACUCAUCAGCACCGCAUUCACAGGUCUGGACAACCUACAGGCUCUCGACCUGGUCUCUAACAAAAUCGACUCUUUUGGUGACGGAGCCUUCGGGCCGCUGAAGAAUCUCAAAUUCCUACAGAUCACACCAGUGACUUCCCAGUAUCCGUACAGCGCGUUUAACAGUUUGGUUAACCUCGAAACCUUACAUGUCCAGGACGGCAGGUUUUCCGCCGUUCCCGGCUACGCGUUUUCGAGCAUGAAGAAGCUAACCACUCUCAUCAUAGCAGACAACCCAAACCUGGCUACCAUCCACCCAGAAGCGUUCUCUCCCGGCACGCUGAACGCAUCACUGACUAACAUAGACCUUGAUCAUUGUAACCUUCGCGAGAUCCCUUCACAAGCGUUCCGCUAUGUCCAGUCUCUUCGCUCGCUCUCUGUGUCUAAUAACCCUAUAGGCCAGGUCGACGACAACGCGUUUGCGAGCCUCCCAAACUUGCAGUUUCUCAACUUACAGGGACUCGGGUUGGCGGUUCUGUCUAAAGAUGCCUUCAACGGCCUCGACAGCAUCCAGAGUAUCUACAUGGACAGCAACAACCUGCUUAGCCUCACCCCGGACCAUUUCAGCGGCUACGUCAAGACGCUGAAGACCGUGACUUUGUCCGACAACCCCUGGCACUGUGACUGUGACUUGUGGCGCUUCAACAGAUGGCUGCACACGGAGACUAACAUCACCGUGUACCAGUCGCUGGUGUGCGCGACCCCUGGACAGCUCAGAGGCCAACAACUCGACAAGAUUACUGCAACUCAGGCAGGCUGUCGCUAGGGUCCAGGCAAACCUGAAUUCAACCCGGUUUAAUUGGAGUAUAGCAAAAUCAAAAAGGAGGAAAACUAGCCAGGAGAAACGAGUUUUCGUAACUAUCUUUUUUUUUUAACUUUUCGACGUUACUAAGACAUAGACAAGUUAAGAGUAUAGAAAAAGGAUGUGCCAAGCUACCCACGACAGGUUACUGUCCGAGUGCUCCCACCAACCCACUCCUGCCAACCUAACCGCGACUGAAGACUAACUUUCCCGACUUAACUCAAUAAAGCAAAGCAA